AUUCAACUGCCGGGACCGUAGUUAUGAGGGGUGUAUGAGGUGGCUCACUUGCUUUCGAGAAAGCUCCGUUUUUUGCUUCGUCGCUAGGGAUGCUUCGUCGGCCAAUGUUCGACCUUUUCUGCAAAUUAAAAUACGGUUCAUCCCCCGUUGUCGAAAAAGGGGGCCAGAGUACUCGGUGAAGUAAUAAGCGGCUGCCCUGCCAACUGGGUUUCGAGUUUUUGGGUCUCAUUAAGCAGUGGCGGAUCCAGCAAAAAACCUGACUGAGUUCCAGGCCAAGGCUAGGGUCUUUCAGACAAUGCAUUGAUCAUUGUGCAUAAGACAACAUUAUUAUUCAUAUUUAUGCAUUUUGGUACCAUUGAGAGGGGGGGUAGGGACGAUAUACUCACUAAAUCUAGAUUCUAGAUUUCUUUCCGACAGAAAACAGUGCCUCUGCGAAAAAAAUUUUCAACCCCCUCCCUUUCUCAUUCCCCUUUGCUUGUUUUGGAUGCCAUAGCAAAGUUUUUCCCUUUUGUUUUGCUCGCAAUUUGUUGUUUUGCCUCAGUAGACACCAGCCUAUUCAUCAAAAUAUGGUGUUCCGUCUGAGCAUAGGUUUUCCGUGCCACCAAAGACUGCAGUUCAAAGCCCUGAAAGGGGGGCAUGAGUCCGGACAACCUACUGUCCCCGACACCCUAAACACAUACUGUCCCCGACACCCUAAACACAGUUUGUGUGCACUAUGAGUGCUGUGUUCUCCACACAAAAGAAUUUAACUACGUAAGUUUCCCGACAAACCUCUAAAAAAUUGAUUAAUUUUUUCGCCUCUGGACACAUUUCAAAUGUUUUGUCUGGAUAAUACAGUACUGAAGGGGCACAAAGACGUGCCCUUAAAGUGAACAUGUUCUGGGGGGUAUGGGGGCGUGCGCCCCAAUAAAGUUUUGAAUUUCAUGGCGUCUUUUCUGUCUUUGCUGGCUUCCUAGAGACCUAUAAACCCGACAAGUCGGUCGUAUCAAACUUUUUUUGAGUUUUCGGCGCCCUAUACAAGCUUUUGCGCCCCUAUAAAAAUGUCAUCUGGGGGGGGACCUGGCCCCCUUGGCCCCCCCUGCAAGGCCGCCACUGGUGUGCAGAGCAGAUGACCGAAUGUUUAGAUGCUGUCCACUGAUCAGCCCGUUUCGAGUUGAUGAAGUCGAUCCAUCUCUUGCGUCUUCUUUUAGCCUCAGGGCGAUCAUCGUUGUAAAACGGCACUGGAUGAAGUGCAAAACAUCGAUUCUUAUCGGGUAUGUUGCAAGUUGGUAAAAUGCACCUUGCCGGCAUAUCGAUUUAGUUUUUCAAUAGCCUUCCAUGUAUGCUGGCCUUAUAUAUAUAUUUUUGGUUCCCGGUAUGACGUCAGAAACAUUCGAACGAGGCCACUUUCCAUUCAUUCGCAGCGCGGCGCUGAAUCGAAACUGAUUACGUAAUGCGUCAAUAUUUACAACUUUGACGAAUUAGAAAACAAAAACUAUAAGUCCAAUUGCUUAAUAGUUUCGAUUGACGAAAUGUAUGUCUAGUAUCUUAUCGAUAAACGUCAUAAAAGAUUCUAGGUGGAGAGGCACUUUAAUAAUCUGCUAGAAUGCUGCGAUGGUCGUGAGUAUAAGACAUCUGCAGUCGCCAUUUCGAAUUCAAUGUUUUGCAGUUCCACAGUAGAACAGAAACUAUAGGUAGUCAAUCAACUACGGGCCAUUGUACAGCUCUCUUACAAAUAUGGUAUCACCGAGUUCCAGAUGCUGUUUUGACUGAGUUCCAUCCGUGUUCCAAACAAAAAUUUCAUUGUUUCAAUUCAUUCACUUUCGAGGCACAAAAUGUUUGUUUCCGAGUUCUAGACUGCUGUUGUCCUCCACAGCGUCUGGAAAAUCGUUUCCAAAUCAGGACAGAGAAGAAACUGGCAAUUUUAAGAUUUUGAAGAGACUGUAAUAAAACAUAGAAUUUUUUGGUUUCAAUUUUUAAUUAUAAUAUUACUUGUUUCAGACAACACUAUUUUUAGCUGUAUGUUGGAAAACUGACUGUGUUCUGUGCACCAAGGAACUCACUCUGGAUCCCCCUCUGCAUUAAGGGACAAAAAUUAUGUUUUGUAUUGCUUAUGAUAAACGGAAGUUGACAAUUUUAUAAAAUUUGACAAAGUUUACCUGCAAAAAUUUAAAUAGAGUGUUCAAAGAAUUCUUGUAAUUCAACAAAUGCGAUCAAAAAUUUUGUGUAAUUUUAUGAAUACCAUUUUCACUUCUAAUAAACAAAUCAAUUUCUUGGUAAGAUGUUACAGCGGUAUCACAUACUCGUAUUAGGGUAAAUAAUGCUAGCUGAUUGCAUUAACGUAGCGUAAUGCUGCCAACAUGUACUCGGUAGAUAAGAACUUGCACCCCCCCCCCAAAAAAAUCCCUGAAACCGGGCCUGCUACUAGUUAUAAGACCUGUCUUUCAAAUUCUUCACGCUUAGGUAACACUUUUAUUUUUUCAGCUCUUCGUUUUCAAUAGCAGCUGGCAUUCAAGAGGUAAAAGAAACACUCAGAUUUUUCAAGUGACCACGAUCAUAAAGUAAAUACGCUUUGAUUUCCUACACUAAAAAUCACGCAUUGCAGCUUUAAUGUCAAUCAAGCCAUUCACCUUGUUGAUUAAUUAAAUCCGUUAGACCUGUGUAUAUCGAAGUUGUUACUGGCACCCAUAAUUCAAAAACGAACAUUUUUGAAGUGGAGAGUGACAAGGAUGGUCGUAAUUUAAGGCAAAAGUCUUUGAAUUGCGUAAGUAACUGCAGUCUAUGCUUGAGAUUAUGUCAUAUAGAUAUUUUAGCAUGAAGAUUACCUGAUAUCUAUCUAAGUCAUAUAAUUGCCUCCUAUUGUCGAAUAAAUACCAGGGGGUUCGGUAAUCACAUCUCCGAAAAGUACUUGUUAAUUAAAAUGUAGCUGCUUUUGAAAGAAUUUUUGACAAACUGUAUAAAAGCUACUUCUUCAUUUUCUGGUGAUUAUUCAUCAAAGAGGACGUGAGGAAGAUUCUUAGCAAUUCACAACUCUCGUGAAAGAGCUGAAAGAUUCCAACAUAGCUUCAAACUUGUUUAGCGAAGGUGACAACAUUUUUAUUCGUGAUGACGUUGCAGGCAAUAAUUUACUAUUACAUCAGUCCAACAGUUGCUGCGUUGACAGUGAUUUUCAACUUAAUUGAAAUCAUUUUCCUUGUCAAGCAGUACAAGAGGAACAUGUCAGCUAGAAUACAGAGGCAUGCCAUACCGAUUAUAUUAUUCGGAAAUCUUGCUUUCUCCGACCUACUGGUGGGAGUCACCGUAAUUGCAAUCAAAGUAAUGGACGUCCUCUUCCGCGACAAAGUGAUUCCGGUAACACGGACAAAUGUUAAUGUGUACUACAUAUUCAAGUUUAAUAUUUUGAGACUUUCUUUGCUUACAUCCUUUUUCAACUUAAUCUUACUUACUGUGGACAGAUUUCUUGCAGUGCGCUUUCCUCUUGCCUACCGAACCCGGGCUGACAAUAAACGUGCUUUUGUCCUUGUUUUGAUCACGUGGGUCUUGUCAGUAGCAUUCACCUCAAUACACUACUACAUGUCUUUCCAUGCUGGAAUCAACCUUGUCAAGUACGAUCUGGUUAUCUUUCCAGCUGUUGUGAUCCCAGCCACAUUUGCAUUUCCGGUCUGCAACUUCAUGAUUGUGAAGGCCGUACGCAAGCACGGGGAAGGAUUGCGGCAGAUGACAAAUAACACUGCAUGCGUCUCAAACAGUAGAAGCACCAAUAACACCAAAAUGACAAACAGCAGAAGAAAUUCCAGUCAAAGUAUCAACAGAGCCACGUUGCAUAUCAUAAAACGAGAAGCAAAGAUUUAUCGUCUUGCCUUGACAGUUGUUAUUGCAUUCAUAGUAUGCUGGCUGCCAAUGGCGAUUUGUGGCCUUCUCCUGAUUGCAAAAAUACCUGUUGACGGCCAUGUGGUAAAUAUAGUGUUUACACUUGCGUUCACUAAUUCGCUCAUAGAUCCUCUUGCAUACUUUGGUUUCAAAGACAAUAUAAGAAGAAAGAUAAAGAUGCUGUUCCACACUUGUUCAAGCUCAUGCUUCUUACCAGAACAAGGUGGGACCAGAAGCGACGUUCACCUCUUCAGCAUUACGUCUUCCCAAGACAGUCAUCUUAGUCAACAGAUGGGUCAGUCAACUUGUCUUUCAACUGAAACUAUGUUUUAAGCAAUUGACUAAGCCUUUUUAGAGCUGAGAAACAUUUGCAAAUGGCCAAGUUAUAAUAAGAUGGUCACUUUUGCCGCAAGAUAAUGACAGAUUGUACAUUCUGACAAUGUAUUAUGCAAUUGAAACUUUAGUGGCUACUACAGCAUAGAACUGUAAAUAGGACAGUUUGAUUCGCUGAAAAAGAUAGGAAAUCGAUCCCGACUGAAAAUUGCUCCCUUGGGCUAUUUUUAGAAUAGCGUACUUUACGGCGAGGCUCCACAAACGACGUUAUUUUGAUUGUCCACUAACGAGUACCGAACGCCAACUGCUUCCGUGUUUGCAAACUUUGUGACGUCACGGAUAACGCACGCUUUGUCACAGUCGAAACCGUGAAAAUUCGAUAUUCAACCUAAAUUUUAAGAUGGUUCCGCAAGAAAAAAAUCAACUCAGCAUAUAUCAUUCAAAUCAGCAAAUUUUGCUUAUAAACAGUGUGCCUUUAUGUAAACUUGUCAAAUUUCAUUUCAUAGGUACUUUAGCCGUUGUUUGAGCUGUUGAUACCGUUAAAGUUACAAAAUGUAAUGUUUAAACAAGAAGAAUGCUGCUAAGCCUCAUAAUACGGUGAUAAAUGAGGAUUCGAGAUUUGUUUUGCUAAGAGACAGUUUUUCUUCAAAACAAGUUAAAUUCUAAUAGUCACGUUUAUCAACUCUGUGUGAAAGCAUUUUUUGCUUUAGUGCAUGGAUGCGGACAAAAUCAUACUUUUCAUGAGAUCUUUCGAUGAGAAUUCAUGAGAUUUAACGUUUUAACUAUUUUCCUGUAACUUUGAUGUUUCAUGACAGAAGCACAAAUAAUUGAAUAAAAAAGCAAAUGAAAUGGCUUUGUGAAUCAUUAAUUGCAAAUUUACGACGCAAAAGACGCAAAAUCCUCCCUUGACGAAUUUAUAGCCAAAGAUAAACCAGUUUAAGUUCACCAGAAAAUGAAUUGACUUUUAUUGCAAACCUUGGUCAAAUUCAAACUAAUAUGUAUUUGAUGUUAGAAUUGUAAAUUAGGUCUAGUAUGUACGUAUCUUGUAUCUCUGCUAUUAAAGUAACUAACUUUAGAUUAAUAAACUAUAUUAUCAUGUUUGAAAAUGGCUUUGAAAAAAGCAAACAUUUUACAACAUACAAUAUACUAAGAUAAAUUUUUCUUUAGGCUCGCGGCACUGAUUGGUCAACUAUACCGGUCUUGUGCAUGCGUUUUUCUGAUUGGCCUAUUUCGAUCCACAACUGGGUAUAUAUUUUUCAUCGUGUUCUUUCGGACCCUUAUUCUGACGUUUUAUGCUCUGAGGAGUGUCAGACGAAAAAGCUUUUUGUAUGUUGUAAAAUGUUUGCUUUUUUCAAAGCCAUAUUACUGUACCGCAAACAAAUUAUCAUGUUUGCUUUUUUUAAAGCCAUAUUUUUAUUAUGAAAUAUUAUUAUGUUCUAUUCAUCACACGGUAUUCAAAUUGCAAUUAAUCUUUCACAUUUAUUUUCCUUCUAACUAGUGAAUUUGUUUGCCAUAGGAUUCUGCGUAGUUUAACCCAGCAUUAGCCCCAGUUCCCUUAUAUCUUUUUUAUUCACUUUAUUUAAUGUUGUUUUACAAAAUAAUAGCUAAAAAAGAGCUAAUCAACACCAACUUGUAACAAUAUCAAAUGUAAGAAAAAUCGUUAUGUCUACAAGUAUCCAAUAUUAUGAUACAAUACAAAGUAAGAUCCGUUUGUUUAAUUUUAGUUUUGAAUACUUUAAAAUUUUCUGUCGAUCGAAUAUCUAACGGUAUAGAAUUCCACAGUUCAUUACAUCUAUAGGAUAUUGUACCUAGCCCAUAAGUAACAGUGUUCAGCAUUUUUGUAUAAACGAUUGAUUUCGUAAAUUAUAUGCAAGUUCAUUCAGCCGAAAUGGGCUCAGCCUCUUUGCUAAAAUCCACGAAAUUUUUACUUAACAAUGUGAACUACCUGAAUUGUUGAAGUGAUUCCAAAUACACAACCGAAAAUCAUUAAUACAAAUACAAGCAUAUUGGGGUGACAAUCGGUGUUGUAUUGGUUGUGGCUUCUAGAGUUUGCUUAAAGCACAACCUCCCUCUUAACUGUUCAAGACAGCAUCCCUGUUCAAGUAAUGAUUGGGAAACCAACCAGAGUUUGCCCAAUAUAAAACCAACUGAUGCUAAUUCUUUGCAGAGAUAAUCCCAUUUCUGGUCCCUUGGAAGAAUUAUUCUGCUUUAACAAAGAUUUAAAAGAAGUUCAAAUGUGUAGAAAAAGACUAGAUAUUACAACUCGAAUGAAGAAGAAAUCAUUAUCAAGAUACAUUUGGCGUGUUAACUGUUUUGUUUUCGUAUUAUCUUUGCAAAACCAACAAGAUGUCAGGCUUUUGCAAAACCUGAACAUGUUGUUACUACAUCUUUCAGAUGUUUUGACUAACAAAUAUAUUCAACUUUUUUCUAGAACUUGAAAGGCCAGUGUUGUUUUUUGUUACUGUACUACAACAUUUUUGCUAGGCCUUUGAAGUACACGAUUUUGUGUAUAGAUGCAGAACAAUUUGCAACCUUUUUGACCGUUCACUAAAAAACAAUAAAGCAAAAAUGUAAAGGACAUUUUUCAUGUUAACCUUUGCUUAAAUUCUUAAUUCUGUUUAGAUGCUUUAACUAGAACUGCCAGGUCAGGCGAGAGGGACAGGAAGCAGGGACAAAUUGAUUGCCCUAAACUGAGAGGGGCAACUUUUAUGGAGCUUGAAAUUUUCAGUUUUCUCCCACGCUAGUUAUAACUUCAAUUUAGUUUUCUGAUAUUUGAACUUCAUUCACGAUAUGUUGAAAUUUCAUUUACAAUGUUUUUGAUGAAAGUUUUGCAUAUUUGAUCAUGAAUGACAGAUCCAUAGAAAUAACAGCUGUUACAACAAAAGCACACUUUUCCAAUGACGUCAUCGUGGACAUUAUGUCCCAGGCUCCAGAAGUCUUAGCUGAUUGUAUGUAUGUUGCAUUUGGGUGAAGUUCUGCGUUUCAGCUUCAGAUUUCAUAUUAAAAUCCAUUAUAUCCAAUUAGCAGUGAUAUCUUUGACUAAGUAAUUGAAAAUUGUUUUAAGGAACAAUCAACGGAAGAUAAAAUAAUUAUUCUCUUUUGAGAGCAAUUUGGGAUUUACAUUCGGGCUGUUUUCGUAUCUAGCAGCUUGCGGUUUUCAGUAAAAAAUGCUAGUAUUUUAAGCUUGUUUGAAAAAUAGCAGCAAUUUGUGUCUGUUUGGAUUUAGAAUUGGGCUCGAUGGAUUUCGUUGCUAAUGUUGCCAAAUCUUCCGGUACCUAAAAAUGAGAUAUCGAUUUGCUGACA